AUGAAACCGUUGAUCAUCAUCUACGGUUCAACCGGUACCGGCAAGUCGGACCUUGCCGUCGAGCUGGCCCUGCGGUUCAACGGCGAGAUCAUCAACGCAGAUGCGAUGCAGAUGUACCGCGGCCUGCCCGUCAUUACCAACAAGCUCACUGUCGAGGAGCAGCGCGGUAUCCCCCACCAUCUGCUCGGCAGCAUCGAGCUCGAUGAGGAGCCUUGGACCGUUGCCCACUUCAAGCGGGACGCCACACGCAUCAUAGAUGAGAUUCGGGCCCGUGGGAAGCUUCCUAUCGUCGUUGGCGGUACUUCGUACUAUCUCGACAGCCUGCUCUUCGAGGGCAAACUGGUCGAGGACAACGACGACCCCGAAGGCAAGCUAUGGAGUCGCGACCUUGCUGCGAGGUACCCCAUCCUCACAGCGCCCACAGAAGAGGUGCUGGCGAAGCUGCGCGAAGUCGACCCCGUGAUGGCGGCCAAAUGGCACCCUAACGACGACCGUAAAAUCCGACACUCACUCGAGAUCUACUAUGCGACUGGUCGUCGUGCGUCCGAAAUCUACGAAGAGCAGCGGAACCGCAAACUGCAGGCCAAGUCUGGAACCAAUGGGUCGAAUGGCGCACCAGAGCUCGAAAUCGGCGAAGUCCUUCUCUUCUGGCUGUAUGCCCACCAAGAGGAACUCAAGGAGCGCCUAGCCCAGCGCGUAGACAAGAUGGUCGAGCGCGGCCUUCUAGACGAAGUCUCCGAAAUGUACGACUAUCUCCAGAGCCGACUAUCCGCCUGCGAGACGGUCGACCGGACUAAGGGUAUCUGGCAGUCCAUCGGCUUCCGGCAGUUCGAGCCAUACCUCUCGACCCUCCGGCAGAACCCUUCCGACCCGAACCUAGAAAAACUCAAACAAGCCGGCAUCGAAGAAACUAAGAUUGCUACCCGCCAGUACGCAAAAACCCAAGUUCGCUGGGUUACCAUGAAGACAAUCACCUCCCUCCAAGAAGAAAAUCUCCUCGAUCGGUUCUACCUCCUUGACAGCACCGACAUCUCGCGCUGGCACGACGAGGUCCUCAACAAGGGCGUUGACCUCGCCGCCAAGUUCCUGGCAUGCAAGCCGCUGCCGAAGCCUGAAGAGGUGUCGGAUACGGCGCGCCAGGUGCUGGCGGAGAAGGUUGCGCGGGCUGGGAAGAAGGACACACCUUGUCACAAAGUGUGCGAGCUGUGCAACAAGACCCUCGUGACGGAGGAACUAUGGCAGAAGCACAUUAAGGGAAGGAAACAUACCAAUGCCGUGAGGAGUGCGAAGCGCCGGGCGUUGAUACCCGCGCAUUUGGCUCCAACAAGGGCAGUGGUUGUUGUUGAGAAUGGGAACAAGGACGACGAGUCAAAGGAGGAGGAGAGUGCGGCUCCCGAUGCAGCCAGUGAAAGCGAAACAGCCAUUCCGGCCGUUACGACUGCUGAGAGCCCGGCAUGA